AUGUCCAAAGGUUCAGAAAUGGAAGAAUUACGGGAUCGUAUCAGUAACACACUCCGAAUUGAAGAUAAUAAACUCAUUCGAGAGUUGCUUGCAGAAUGUAUCGGCACCUUCUUUCUACUGCUGAUCGGUACCGCUGCCAAUGUUCAAGCAGCCGUUGCUGUUGGUGGAAAUUCGACAUCAGCUCACAUAGCUUGGGGUAUUGGAUUUAUGUUUGCUGUCUACCUUGCAGCAAGUGUUUCAGGUGCUCAUUUGAAUCCGGCCAUAUCCGUUGCUCAGUGUAUACUCGGUAACAUACCUGGGUGGAAAGUCGUGUUAUAUUCGAUAGCCCAACUCAUCGGCGCUUAUCUCGGCACGGCUGUCACUUACUUCGGACACCACGAUGACCUAUGGAAGCUCGACGGUGGCAAUCGUCAGGUGGUUGGAACACAAGGCACUGCUGGUCUAUUCACCACAUUCCCCAGUCCAUACAUGAGCGUAUGGGGCAGCCUUCUCGAUCAGAUCAUUGGCACAGCAAUUCUCGCUGGUCUCAUCUGUCUAAUAACGGACAAACGGCACAGAAUUCCUGCUGGUUUCGUGCCGCCACUGGCUGGAUCAAUCAUGACCAUGGUCGCCAUGACAUUCGGUGCCAAUGGCGGUUUCGCCAUCAAUCCAGCUAGAGAUCUUGGACCACGGCUAUUCACCCUAUGUGCUGGUUAUGGAUGGCAGGUGUUCAGGUUGGUAUCAAUUGUUCCUGCCUAA